CGAUGACGUCAUUUCCCGUGAGUGACACCUCAGCAGCUGCCGCCGGCUCUGUGCCCCGCCCCCUCUACUUCUGUAUGCUCUUCCGCGCACUGGGCGCUGUGUCCCGUCUCCCUCCGGUGUCCGCCCGCUCUCUGCUCAGCCUCGUCAUGAAGCCGCUCGUAGUGUUCGUCCUCGGAGGACCGGGGGCCGGGAAGGGGACCCAGUGUGAGAGGAUCGUGGAGAAAUAUGGCUACACCCAUCUGUCUGCUGGAGACUUGCUUCGUGAUGAGAGGAAGAGGCCCGGGUCUCAGUACGGGGAGCUCAUAGAGUCCUACAUCAGGGACGGGAAGAUAGUGCCGGUGGAGAUCACCAUAAGCCUGCUGCAGAGGGCAAUGGAACAAACCAUGGCGGCCAAUGCGGAGAAGAAUAAAUUCCUUAUCGACGGUUUUCCCAGAAAUGAGGACAAUCUGCAGGGCUGGGACAGGACCAUGAACGGCAAAGCCGAUGUGUCCUUCGUACUUUUCUUCGACUGCGACAAUGAGACUUGUAUUGCACGUUGCCUGGAGAGAGGGAAGAGUAGUGGAAGAAGUGACGAUAACAGAGAGAGCCUGGAAAAGAGGAUUCAGACGUACUCUCAGUCCACUAGGCCCAUCAUUGACCUGUAUGAGAAAAGGGGAAAGGUCCGAAAAGUUGACGCCUCACAAUCUGUAGAUCAGGUCUUCAGCAAAGUCCAAGAAGUCUUUGAACGUGAAGGAUAACAAGGCUUUCUCCGAAAACUUAUAUCAUAAACUUUAUUCAUUGCCUAGUUGAUAUCUAUUUUUUUUCUUAUAUUCUUUUUAUAUGUACGCACUGUAAUACUCAGUUUAAUUGUAUUGCACUGUCUCCAUUUUUAUUUCUGUCUCCUUCCCUUCUCAUCCUGCAGGUUUUUUCACUACCACCCAAGUGGUAACGUCUCUAUUAGAGAUGAGCGAACGUACAGUAAAUUCGAUUCAUCACGAACUUC